AUGGAGCCAUUGAUAUCCAGGACUUCACAUCCAUCAAAACAUGUUACAGUACUUCCUUGCGCCAACCCGCGACACGCCACCAGAGACGUUCAUAAGGCUAGGCAACAUCAUCGAACAACCACGCUUCGCAGACCGACCACUCAAUCGACACCCCCUUCCACCCGAGGAAACCAUGUAUUCGAAUUUGACAACAUAAAAACAUACACCAUCGGCAUCUGGACCUCUUUCCUUAUGCAAAUCCUCGGCAUCGGCGGAGACAUCAACACUCAAAUCUCUAAAGGAACUACAGAAACUUGGAACUGCGAAAGGAUUGAGACUGUGUCUUUCAAACCUACCACCGAGUACAUCGAGCAAAGUCUUGAUUCUACAAAUGUCAAACGAUAUAUCCAGGACAACAAGAAUUGGCUAUGGGAUACAAAGCUGUACAUGAUCACGGGAAUAAAGAUCGCAUACGGGGCCAAGGGAACGAUCAGACAUGCACGGAGCAAAGGCAUACAUCUUCAUCUCGGUGUUGAUGCGACAUCAGCUUUUGCGCCGGUUCAAGCUGGUCCAGAUAUAGGUGUUGAGAAGGGUCGGAACGUGACACAGGACAUUGGCGAUAAGGAUCCGUUUGUGCUUGCGUUUCGCAUGCAGAGGAUUAAAGUAUCGAACAAGGGGAAGGUCAGACAUGAACGCGUUGACGGUGGUAUGCUGGGUGUUGACGACGGUGAUGGUGAGGAUGAAGAAGAGCGUGUAGAGCUUGUGGUUGAUGGGUUGGAGAGUGCGGACGCGGGUGCGGAGGAGUUUGGUAUUGGGACCUCGUGGAUGGUAGGUGAUGCAGAUGUUGGAGAUGCGUGUUAUUGCGCUUUGAUAGAGGACGACUGA